CUCUCUCUCUCUCUCACUGAUCUCUCAUAAGGAAAGAAAACAAGGCCAAAGAAUCCUAGUCGACAAUGGUUGCAGAAGCAGGAGAGCAACGCCCAAAGUACCCGACAAUGCCAGAGGUGGUGGAGGAGCUUCACAGGAUGACUGAUAUUGGCUUCCCCAUAGCAGCCAUGAGCUUGGUUGGCUACCUCAAAAACAUGGCCUUGGUUGUAUGCAUGGGAAGACUGGGAAGUUUGGAGCUAGCAGGAGGAGCUUUAGCCAUUGGCUUCACCAACAUCACAGGCUACUCAGUUCUCUCUGGUUUAGCCAUGGGCAUGGAACCCCUCUGUAGCCAAGCCUUUGGAUCCCACAACUUCUCCAUGGCCUUCCUCACUUUGCAAAGAACAAUUCUCUUGUUACUAGUCGCUUCUCUUCCUAUUUCCUUGCUUUGGGUCAAUCUGGAACCUCUCAUGCUCAUUCUCCAUCAGAACCCGGAUAUAACCCGAAUCGCUGGCUUGUAUUGCCGGUUUGCUAUCCCUGAUCUCAUAGCCAAUAGUCUUCUUCACCCUCUGCGUAUUUUCUUGCGCAGUCAAAGCAUAACUUGGCCACUGAUGUGGUGCACUUUACUAGCUACCAUUCUUCACCUCCCUCUCACCUUUUUCUUGACCUUCACUCUUUCUCUUGGAGUCAAAGGAAUAGCCAUUUCCACUUUCCUCUCCAAUUUCAUCACUCUAUUUUUUCUUUUGGGUUACAUAUUGUAUACCUAUACCACUAAAGCACGUUUGUCUUGCUGGUUAAUGGACGAGAGUGAACCCACUACUAAUUCUGAACGAGCAUUGUAUUAUGACACAAGGAAUAAGCCUGAACUUAUAAGUAGCAGUACUACCAAAUCUGAACCAGCACCCAUAUUGUCACCAUUGUUAUCCAAACCGUUAGUUCCACUUUCAUUGAAGAGUCCGCUACUCAGAGACGAAUUGGGGAUGCUAAUCAGACUAUCCAUACAAAGUUGUCUAGCAGUUUGCCUAGAAUGGUGGUGGUACGAGUUCAUGACAAUUCUAGCUGGUUACCUUGACAAACCUCAUAUUGCCCUUGCAACAUCAGCCAUAGUUAUCCAAACCACCUCUCUCAUGUACACAUUGCCUGCCGCCCUAAGCGCGUCCGUGUCUACGAGAGUAGGCAACGAGCUUGGAGCAGGCCGACCCGAGAAGGCACGUUUAGCUGCGGUGGUGGCAGUGGGGAUGGCACUAGUGAUCUCAUUCUCGGGCCUGUCACUUACCACGCUAGGAAGAGAGACAUGGGCUAGAAUCUUCACAACAGACAAUGAGGUUCUUCAGCUAACUGUGGCUGUUCUACCCAUUAUCGGCCUAUGCGAGCUCGCGAAUUGUCCACAAACCACGAGCUGUGGGAUAUUGAGAGGCAGUGCAAGGCCUGGAAUCGGGGCAUGGAUCAAUUUCUUCUCAUUUUACGUGGUGGGUGCGCCUGUGGCCAUAGUGAUGGGGUUUGUUUGGAGAUUAGGGUUCAAGGGUCUUUGUUACGGGCUUUUAUCGGCUCAGAUCACAUGCGUGGUGUCGAUAUUGACAGUGGUGCACAAGACAGAUUGGGAGAAGGAGUGGCGCAAGGCCAAGGACUCUGUAGGAAUAACCGGAAGGGAUGGAUUUGCACAUGCAGAUGAUCAUCAAGCAAUCAAAUCCGAAGAGGCCUAACUAGCUGGGUAAGGGUGUAACGGAAGUGAUGGAAGAUCGUUUUGAACAGUGAUAACAAGGAAAAGAGAAUGUAUAUGGAAUUGCAUAUGCACGACCAACCAAACUGUCAACUCAAAUGGUGAAAGGGAAGCGUGAUAUUGUGUGAAAGGGGAAAACGAUUUUUGAAGAUGGAAAGUGAUGCAUAUUUUCCUUUGAUUGAAUGGGACAGCUAGCUUAUAUUAUUCAAACUUAUAGUCUCAUUAUUCAUCUUUGUACAUUAUUAUAUACAUGUGUACUUGUUUAUAUUUUCAGUUUGCCUUUGUAGGUCAAAGCAUUUCAGUAUCAGUAAUAUUUCUUG